AUGAUAGAUAACCAAGUGUCUGUUAACGCUAUGGUAAAUAACCAAGUGUCUGUAAACGCUAUGAUGGAUAACCAAGUGUGUAUUAACGCUAUGAUAGAUAACCAAGUGUGUGUUAACGCUAUGAUAGAUAACCAAAUGUGUGAUAACGCUAUGAUGGAUAACCAAGUGUGUGUUAACGCUAUGAUAGAUAACCAAAUGUGUGUUAACGCUAUGAUAGAUAACCAAGUGUGGGUUAACGCUAUGAUAGAUAACCAAGUGUGUGUUAACGCUAUGAUAGAUAACCAAGUGUCUGUUAACGCUAUGGUAGAUAACCAAGUGUCUGUUAACGCUAUGGUAGAUAACCAAAUGUCUAUUAACGCUAUGAUGGAUUAUCAAGUGUCUGUUAACGCUAUGAUAGAUAACCAAGUGUGUGUUAACGCUAUGAUGGAUAACCAAGUGUGUGUUAACGUUAUGAUAGAUAACCAAAUGUGUGAUAACGCUAUGAUGGAUAACCAAGUGUGUGUUAACGCUAUGAUAGAUAACCAAAUGUGUGUUAACGCUAUGAUAGAUAACCAAGUGUGGGUUAACGCUAUGAUAGAUAACCAAGUGUGUGUUAACGCUAUGAUAGAUAACCAAGUGUCUGUUAACGCUAUGAUAGAUAACCAAGUGUCUGUUAACGCUAUGGUAGAUAACCAAGUGUCUGUUAACGCCAUGGUAGAUAACCAAGUGUGUUUUAGCGCUAUGGUAGAUAACCAAGUGUGUGUUAACGCUAUGGUAGAUAACCAAGUGUGUGUUAACGCUAUGGUAGAUAACCAAGUGUGUGUUAACGCUAUGAUAGAUAACCAAGUGUGUGUUAACGCUAUGAUGAAUAUUCUACUGUGUAAUCGUUAUGACGGACAUUCAAGUGUGUGUUGA